CUUUAUGCUUGGCUUUCCCCCUUUGCAAAAGUACUAUCGCCAUCCUUUUUUCUCCCUCUUUCGACGCCGCUGGACGAUUUCGGGGGGCUUUGACACAAACGAAGGAAAGGAACAGUAGCUUCUUUCUCGACUCUUCUUACCCUCCAUGUCUCCGGCGAUCUAAUAGGUUUUACCCACCUCAAACCCUUUCGCAACCCCUUGACGAACUUGCCGCGAUCCACACCCUAUCUGACGCUGCACCUCUGAUUGCGGCUUGACGAUUGCUCUUCGUAGCGCCCCUUCAAUCGACUGCGCCCACCUGUCACUACUGAUCUGUUUGGCGACCUCCACUAUCCUCUCCUCACCAGUCACUGCGCCUACGAGGUGCAGCCUCAUCAUCACAAUGAGGUUAUCGCCUAUGUUCCUUUUGCUGGGCUCGACCCUACUUUCCGGGGCGCAAGCAGCAGCAGUAGCAGACGAGAAGGAUGACCAAGCAAACACCUUCUUCAACUCCAUGAAGGUGCCGCCGAUGCUCGAGUUGACACCGGACACCUACGACAAGGAGGUGAAGGCCCAUCAGUUCAUGCUUGUCAAGCACUACAGCCCUUACUGCCCGCAUUGCAUAGAUUAUGCGCCGAUAUACCAGACCCUGUACGAGUUCUACUACACCUCCAAGCCUGAGUCCAAGGAAGACAAAUCGUUUACCGACUUUUACGAUUUCCGCUUCGCCACGGUGAACUGCGUGGCCUACUACGAUCUCUGCGCAUCCCACAAUGUCGCAUCGUAUCCAACUACCAUUCUCUACAAGAAUGGCGAGCUGGCCGAGUUGAUCAAGGGCGUCAAGGAAAUCGACCAACUCAGCCCCAUCAUCGAGAAGCAGCUGGAAGCGGCCAAGCCCGGAACCAGGCCCCGCAACAUCGAGCUACCCGAGGAGGGCGACAAGUACUCCCCCGACAAGGCACCCGGCAAGUCCGACGACUCCAAGAAGCCAGCGGACGACAAGGCCGACGCCCCAAAGGAUGCCAAGAACGAUGCUAAGGCCGAUGCGAAGACUGACGCGAAGACGCCGCCCAAAGAAGAGACCAAAGCCCCCCCGAAAGCCCCCCCUGCGAAGGGUGAUACGAAGCCUGUCGAUAAGACCGAUGCGAAGACUGAGGCGAAGACCGGUACUAAUGCCGAAAAGGCCGACGCAAAAGCCAGUACCACCGAGAAGGCUGUUGCUACUCCUACCAAGUCCGUGGUGAAGAAGCCUACCGUUACUCCCAACAAGGACGGCAUCUCUAUGCCUCUUACCGCCGAGAAGUUCCAAUCCUUGGUGACCAUGACCCAGGAGCCCUGGUUCGUCAAGUUUUACGCGCCGUGGUGUCACCACUGCCAGGCCAUGGCACCUAACUGGCAGCAACUAGCCAAGGAGAUGAAGGGUCGGCUGAAUGUCGGCGAAGUGAACUGCGACGUGGAGACCAGACUUUGUAAGGAUGUCCGCCUCCGCGGCUACCCUACCAUCCUCUUCUUCAAGGGCGGUGAGCGGGUCGAAUACGAAGGUUUGAGAGGCCUCGGCGACUUCGUCCAUUACGCCGAGAAGGCGAUCGACAUUAGUGAGGGGGUUCAGGAUGUGGACGCCGAGUCGCUGGCAGCCCUUGAGGAGAAGGAAGAGGUCAUCUUCAUAUAUUUCUACGACCACGCUACCACCAGUGAGGACUUCAUGGCUCUCGAGCGUAUCCCCCUCAGUCUCAUCGGCAAGGCGAAACUUGUCAAGACGAAGGACCCCGUUCUCUACGCUCGUUACAAGAUCACGACUUGGCCUCGCUUGCUCGUGUCCAGGGAGGGUCGCCCCACGUAUUACCAGCCGCUUACGCCCAAGGAGAUGCGCGAUGUUCACCAAGUUUUGAACUGGAUGAAAUCGGUCUGGCUGCCCAUCAUUCCCGAGAUGACCGCCUCCAACGCGCGAGACAUCAUGGACGGCAAGAUCGUCGUUCUCGGUAUCAUCAACAGGGAGGACCAAGAAGGCUUCCUCAGAGCCAAGCGCGAAUUGAAGAGUGCCGCCAACGAGUGGAUGGACAAGCAAAUCACCCUCUUCCAGCAUGAACGACAAGAACUGCGGGAUGCCAAACAACUCCGCAUUGAUGAGGCUGAAGACCGCGGCGACCAACGCGCUCUGCGCGCAGCCAAGGCCACUCGCAUCAAUAUGGACAAGUCAGACAGGAAGCAGGUUGCCUUUGCCUGGGUCGAUAGCGUCUUCUGGCAGAGGUGGAUUCGCACCACAUACGGCAUUGACACCAAGGAUGGAGAUCGUGUUAUCAUCAACGACGAAGAUAACCGCCGAUACUGGGAUACGACCAUCACUGGUAACAACAUCCUUCUGUCCCGGACCUCGAUUUUGGAGACCAUUAACAAGGUCGUCACCUCGCCGCCCAAGAUCAAGCCCAAGCUCACCAUCUCGAGCUUCGAGAAGAUCUUCUUCGACAUGCGCGUAACCUUCGUCGAGCACCCCUACCUGACCUUGGGCUGCAUCGUCGGCCUGGCAUUUGGUGCCUUCUCAUGGUUUCGCAGCCGCGCUCGCCGGGGCCGUGGUGGACACUUCCGCUUGGAGGAGUCCUGGGGCAACAAGGAACUGAUGAAGGAGGGUCUGUUGGGCCCCAAUGGCAACGGCAAGGUGGACUAGAAAUCCGGCAUGCAUGGGCAGGUGUUGAAGAGGAUGGAAGAGCAGAAUCGUCCUGCGCAUCAUCAUCUACGCAAAUUGGACUAAUGGAAAGCCAGUGAAUGAGGCUACGAUAUUUGGGGACUUGAUGUCAAAACGUUUGUGUUUGCGUGUGUGUCUUUCGUCUACGGGAAGUCGAUGGGGAAAAAACAAACCUAAAGCAUUGGGGUGACUACUCACGGAGUUGACGAGGGACGUAUUUUCCCUCCCAUGUUUCCUUCUCUCGGGUUCUUCAGUUUUUCUUUCUCUCCUUGGUGUGGAAUCGGCCGAGUGGUCCAGAGAGGCCUGGCUAUCUGUAUAAUACUUUUUUUGUUCUUGGCUGUAGUGGAGGAUAUGCGAUGGUCUCCUUCACAUGCCAUUUGACAGAUUAUACAUUGUUCAUUGUUCAUUUGGUCGAGACUUCCCGGUCCGUCAUUUGCGACGUUGACAAGCGGAGAGAGGAAAGUCACAGUGUGCGACGGGAAUCUAUAUU